AUGUCAGGUCUCGAAAAGUCGCUCUUCCAGCUCAAAUUCACGGCAAAGUCGCUUCAGCGACAAGCACGAAAGGCCAGCAAAGAUGAGACAGCCGAGAAGGCAAAGCUCAAGAAGGCGCUCGCUCAGGGCAACACCGAAGGCGCACGUAUCUAUGCUUCGAAUGCCAUCCGCAAGAAGAACGAAUCGCUCAAUCUUUUGCGGCUAGGGAGUCGCAUCGAUGCGGUCGCAAGCCGAGUCGAGACGGCGGUCACCAUGCGUCAAGUGUCGGGUAGCAUGGCAUCCGUGGUAAAAGGAAUGGACAAGGCGAUGGAGAGCAUGAAUCUGGAGCGCAUAUCUAUGGUCAUGGACAAGUUCGAGACCCAGUUCGAGGAUAUGGAUGUGCAGACCUCCUACAUGGAGGGCACCAUCGGCGCAACCACAGCGCAGAGCAUGCCGCAAGACCAGGUCGACCUGCUCAUGCAGCAAGUCGCAGACCAAAACGGCAUCGAGAUCAACCACAAGCUUGGCGAAGGCGGUCUGCUGGAGGGCAAGGUGGCCGACUUGGCACCCAAGGUCGCCGACGGUAAGGUCAAGGAGAAAGAAGACGAUGCUUUGGCAGAGCGUUUGCGCGCCCUCCGUCCUGCUACUUAA